AUGCCGAAACAGGCAAAUACCUUCCGUAACCAACCUUCUACUUUCUGUACGGAGCGUCAGCUGAAGGCCACUAUAUAUUGCUCAUUUCUUGCCGAAUGUAACAUUCAACGGCCUUGCCCGGCAGGGUGGAACUCGGGGCUUAAGCAUAAGGAGGUAGAGCAUUAUGCUAUGCGCAGCCACUGGAGAAGAUAUUUGGUCGAUAAGAGUCUAACUGUAAUCCUAGUUAGCAGCGCCCUGAGAUUGGAACUUGUACUAGCUUUAUCAAUAGGAUUCCGGCUCGUAAUUCUUCAGCGAAUGAGAGAGUAUAGAAUGGGAAAAAGACAGUGUGCCUAUAAUACUGGAGAAAGGUGGUCAUCUAAGACCUAUCUGAACCCUGAAAUCUGA